AUGUCUGCGCCAAAUUCCUCCGCUGGCAACACGUUCGAGGAUCUCAGCGGAGUAGCGACAGCCGCCUUCAGCAACCCCUACGAUGCCUUGAUCUCGGCUUCAGAGGAUGACCCUAUCCAAAUGCAAGCCCGCUACACUACACACAGGAACACGAGGAACAGUCAGCAGAAAGCCAAGAUGCUCGACAAGGAAUUUUCUGGACCUGACAUUGACCCCAUUCUACUGAGGCUGAGCGAUGUCACUGUAGAGCCAGGCUAUGUUGACCCAAGACACUGUCUGGUGUUCUGGGGACGUCCAAGCGACAAGGUCAAAAACCUGAUCAGCCGUGUUCAGCAGGAAUUGCUUGCAGUAGCUCCAAAUCUCUGGGUCAUGCCCCAGGAUUGCCUACAUAUCACUGCCUUGGAAGUUACUCACUCAAAGAAGGCUGAGGAGAUUCAGCAGAUCGUCGAUUCCGUAGGAGACAAGAUUCCCGCCAUUACUAACUUCACCUUCCAUCAUCGAGCUCGAUUGAUCAAACCCAUGAUCGGAUUUGACGCAUCAGCGCUAGCGCUGAGCUUCGUGCCUGCAGCAGGGGAACCGUCGGCGUUGGGAAGGACGAAACAAGAUGACAAGUAUACAUAUCAUCAUCUACGGCGUGACUUGUACACUCUCUGUCAGGAAAUUGGAGUCGCUGUCGAUUCGAGAUACGUUGUGCCUUCCAGCCAUCUAACCAUUGGGCGCUUCAUCAAGUCGAGCGAUUUCAACGACGGAAAGGGAACCUAUGACCCACAGAAGAUGCAAGCAUUCAUCGAAAAAGUUGAGGAGAUCAACGCAUGGCUCGAACAGGAGUUCUGGCCGGAGCACAAUGGUGGUAAAGUGCUGCCCGGAGCAGAUUGGAUAGUGGGAGAGGAGCAGGGCCUCAAUUGCCGUGAGUCAUUAAUAAAGACGCAUGGGUAUGGCGGGGGCGAUUCUCUUCAUCAAGGCAAGGGCUUCUAA